AUGUGGAAAAUUUGGUGUUUUUUGGUGAUUUUUGCCGAAGCUCAACACAAUUUUCGAAGUAUUUUGAUUGAGGUAAGCUAGUUUUGGGUCUUGCAACGAAAAUUUGCGAUUUUUUGAGUCCAAACAUGAAAAAUUGCGAUUUUUCGGGCAAAAAUUGGGGUCCUAAGACGAAAAAUUGAUCUACAGUAGUCAUUUUCGCUUUGGGACCCAAAUUUUUGGUGAAAUUUGCGAUUUUUUGAGUCCAAACAUGAAAAAUUGCGAUUUUUCGUGUCAGGACCCGAUUUUUUCGUAAAUUUCACCAAAAAUUGGGUCUUGCAGCGAAAAUGACUACUGUAGAUCAAUUUUUCGCGCUAAAAAUCGCAUUUUUCAUGUUUGGAAUCAAAAAAUCACAAAUUUUGGGCAAAAAUUGGGUCCUGAAGCGAAAAUGACUACUGUAGAUCAAUUUUUCGUGUCAGGACCCAAAUUUAGGCUCAAAAAAUAGCAAAUUUUCGCUGCAAGACCCAAAAUCCUUCCAGCGUGCCUGCACCAAAAAGCCAGAUCUCGAUUUCUGCGCCGAUUUCAUCACCACCACCACUUCCACACUUCCACCAACAACAACAACCACCCAGAAAUUGGAGCUGCCAAUUCCACCCGAAGCUCCGCCCACCACCAAAAAUGCCACCCACGAAGCCGAUGACGUGGAUUUCGAGGAAGAUUUCACGAAUUCCACGAAUUCGCUGAAAACCGGCGAAAAAGAGCAAUUGGGAAGUUUGGUGCGGCUGCCGAAACCUGAAAAUUCUGAAAAUGAGGUGAAUUUUUGAAAAUUUCAGAAAAUUUCGAGCAUUUUGAUAUAGAACACGUGGAAAACGUGGGAAAACGAAAAAAAAAACGCGAAAAAAGAAAGUAAAAAUGGAAGUGCGCUCCACUGACAACACGGUGUUUGCGGACUUGACGCCAAAUUGCACAGAAAAAUUCAAAUUUUUUCGUUUUCCCUCAAAAUCCACCAAUUUCCACGUGUUUUACCUCAUUUUGAAGCAAAUUUUCAGCAAAAAUCGAUUUUUCAGAAAUCCCAAGCUCCAGCAACCUCAAACUCCACGGAAACCGAGAAAAAUGUGCUGGUUUUUGUCAGUGAAUAUUGUGUGAUUGAAAGGGAGCAUUUUGUGAAGGCUUGUAAUGGGGAUAUUGAGAAGGAGGAGGUAAUUUGGUGGAUUUUGACACCAAACACGUGGAUUUUGGAGCCCUGGGGUGAAAAAUACGGGUUUUCUCAACCCUGGGGUGAAAAAUACGGGUUUUUUCAACCCUGGGCUGAAAAAUACAGGUUUUUUUCAACCCUGGGGUGAAAAAUACGGGUUUUUUCAACCCUGGGGUGAAAAAUACGGGUUUUUUCAACCCUGGGGUGAAAAAUACGUGGAAUUUUGAGCCCUGGGGUGAAAAAUACGGGGUUUUUUCAACUCUGGGGUGAAAAAGACGGGGUUUUUCAACCCUGGGGUGAAAAAUGCGGGUUUUUUCAACCCCGGGCAUGUUUUUCCUCAAAAAUCCGCAAUUUUCAAGAUAACCUUCUGCAAAACCUAUCCAUCCGCCUGCGUCUCAACAAACGGUGUAAUCCCAGUCAUCUCCUACUGCCAAAGAUACUACAAAUUCUACCCGAAACACUGUGGAAAACAAUUGAUUGCUCAUGAUAGUCUUCAAUUUUGCUUCGCCUUCGAGAACUUCUGCCUACCCGAAUUGCAUGCUGCCUCAAGUGCCGCUUCCGCUCCCGCUAAAUCAAGCUUGCGGAAAUGCGAAGAUGUGGUGGCGGAAGCGCGAAAAGUCUGCAAUCCUUUCCCAAACCCCAAAGACACUUUUAAUUUGUUGCGAUGCACACAUUUUUUGACGAAUUGUAAAAAGUAUGCGGAUUGGUUGCAAUAA